AUGAAAUUACUUGCUACCGCUCUUUUAGCAUCUGUUGCUCUGUGCAAUGAGUUGAAAUUACAACUGAGGAAUAUCGAGACUGGUAUUGCUGUUCCUUGGGGCCUUUAUGAUUAUGACAGUGUUACGCUCGAUGCUAGCACUUUGGAAUCGCCAAAGGAAGAAAAUAAUGAUCAAGGUUCCUAUUGUGUGGAUGCCAUUUACGAUGGUGAAACUAUUCCAUGCUUUUCCUUUUUGGAUGUAGAGAGUCCGUUACAUUACAAUCUGGUCAUCGAUGUACACGACCAAGAGUUAAAGAAGCUUUCACUAAUACAUAACCCAGAGGUUAGAGGUAUCGAACCUCUUGUAAGAAAUCCAGUAAAGGGACCAGAGCCACCUGCUGUUAAAUUGAAAAAGACUACAAAGACUUAUCAAGACAAAAAGGCUAAUAAAGAAGCAACAACGGCACAAUUCUCAUCAGAGGACAACGAGGACGAAAAUAAGACUUGGUUCCAAAAGAAUUGGAAAGUACUGCUAAUUGGUCUUAUCGUGUACAAUGUGAUAGCUGUAAUGAACAAGCAAGGAGAAGUUAAACAAGAAGUCGAAGAGAACCAAAAACCAUUGGGUGAUUGA